AUGCCAACAGCCUCAAAAGCAAGAGGCCUGAAGCAGUUGGAGAUGACCUACCUGUCCCCAACAAGCGGCGACAUGAAUGGCACGCCAACCAUCACGAUCCGAAAGAUCCCUUCAAAGUCAACCGGGCACCGAACAGACGAGCAUCGACAAAAGGCCUCCACGAGUCCAUCACGGAAGAGGUCUUUUUGUGCAGUCACUCCACAUCGCAGCAGCAAGCCUCCAUUCCACACCGACUGGUGCAAUAGCACCAGCAUCGCUUCUCGAGCCGCUCGUCAAACAGGGAUUCCUACCAUCACUGGGCCUCAUUAUCACUACUUGGCGGCAAAAGUACAGCCAAUCCCACAGAAACAGUCAACACAAUAA